CAAAGGCAGCCCCAGAGCGUGCUGAAGUUGAGUUCGGCCAGUCCCACCAUCCUGUUCACUGCUUGAGCUCAAAAUCCAGAAGUCAAAAUGUGCAAGGGAUUAGCAGCCCUACCCCACUCCUGCCUGGAAAGGGCCAAGGAGAUCAAGACUAAGUUGGGCACUCUCCUGCAGAAGCCUGAUACAACCAUUGACUUCAUCAUACCAUAUCCUGAUAAGCCAGAAAAGCCUGUGAAAACCCAAAAGCCAUCACCAGAGGAGGCUCUACAGUGGCGUGAUUCCCUGGAGAAGCUUCUACAAAACAACUAUGGACUUGCCAGCUUCAAGAGUUUCCUGAAAUCUGAGUUCAGUGAGGAAAACAUUGAGUUCUGGAUUGCCUGUGAGGAUUAUAAGAAAAUCAAAUCACCCAUCAAGAUGGCUGAGAAGGCAAAGAAAAUUUAUGAAGAAUUCAUCCGAACUGAGGCUCCUAAAGAGGUGAAUAUCGACCAUUUCACCAAGGCUGUGACCAUGAAGAACCUGGUGGAACCUUCACCCAGUAGCUUUGACAUGGCUCAAAAGAGGAUCCAUGCUCUGAUGGAGAAGGAUUCCCUGCCACGAUUCAUCCGGUCGGAGUUUUAUCAGGAACUGAUCAAGUAGCAAUGUUAAAGGCAUCUUGGGAGUUCUUCCCCUGCCCCUUCAAGGCAAUCUAUUUCUUUUUAGUUACCUACAAAGUUAUGCAUGAAAACCCUAUCCUGAAGAUUAUCCUAUCCAAAAUUAUCCCAGAUGGUGUUGCUGAGAUCUUUUCCUCCACAUUGUUUUGGAUACACUCAAGCUUGACUACUGUUCUCUCUUUCACAAAGUUGUAAAACCUCAGAAUCUUCAAACUGGAAGGUGUCCACAGAGACCAUCUAGUCCAGGGAAGACGUAUAUGAGAAUCUUUUCCAUUACAUUAUUGAGGGUGGUCAUUAAGCCUCUUCUUGUUGUAUGAAUAGGAUCUAGAGCCUCCUUGUUCACUCAGAUCAGUCACCACAGUGUACUUAAAAGUUUCCCAGAUCAGAAUUAAAGCAAGAGGAGAUGAAGAGAAUCAACCAUAAUGAAGGAUAUGGGGAAAUCCAGUUCAUAUAAUGCAACUAUAUGAUGACAAUCUGGGCCCAACAACAGUCCUAAUUCUAUAAAUUCUAUAAGGGAUAGUCAAAUGGAUUUUUGUUGUUAUCAUGAUUCAAAGGGAAUGAGAAUGUCAGAGUGAGUACCAUGACUUCAACUGUUGUUGAACCAUUAUGUCUUUCUUGUAAGAGUUAGAGAUUUGUGAAGAUUGGCCCACUCUAUUUUCUGAAGCAGAUAUUAUUUAGGUUAAUUAAAGACAGUUUGGUGCAGUUGCUAGUCAGCCUUGGAAUCUCAAAGACCAGGUUUGAAAUCCUUCUUCUAAUACACACAGCAAAGUCACUUAAGUUUGCAAAGGACCAGAUAAAUCUCUUAGAUUACAUACUACUGAACAAAUUCUGAUCCAUAUUCAUAGAGAACAUCUCCUCCUAGAUAAAAUGAGAGGUUUGGAUUUUUUUAAAGGUACUCUUUAAAAUUUUGAAUAUUUCUUUAGGUAGGUGAAAGCUAAAAAUGCUGUUAUCAAUCAUUUAUAUGCAUAUAAAAACAUUUAACACAGUUCUGGAGGCUUCUUACAAAGAAAACAUUAGAUCAUACUGUACAAACAUCAUUCCAAUAGUGACAGCAUGGUCUUCUUUUUUUCCCCUUCAAUCUGAGGAAUUGAUUUCUAAACCUAACACCUUAGUAAAGGAAUGACUGAGGCAGAAUACAACACCAACUUGUGAUCUAAUGAAAUGAGAAAUAGACUAAAUGGAGAGAAAUAGGAAGUACUCUGUUUGUAACGAUUAUUCCAUGGUCAAGUCCUUGGACUGCCCAGUCCUCAUUCUAACAAUGCCUGAGACCUUGAACAAAUUAGAACAAUGAUAAUAGUAUUUUAUUCUUUCAGAAAAAAAAAUCCCUGGUAUUCCUUUCCUUCAGCUUCCCCCUCCACACACACACACAAUUUUCACAGAAUAUCUAACCUCCCUUUGUUGAGCAACUAUUCUUUUGAAAAAAUAGAAAAGUAGGAAAGUAUCUAAAAACUAUAAAGUACAAAGGUCUACUGCACAUAUAUGCCUAUUACCCAAUAUUAUCAUGGCUAAUUAGUAAUAAAUGACAUUAUUUUUGAACCAUUCUCAAUUUUUUUAGCAAGGAGCAGGGAAGAGAGUAAGGGGGACAUACUUUGACUAUCCCUAGAGCUUGAGGGAGAUGUAGUAGUCAGUAUUUUCCAAAACAAUGUGCUCUUUUAGCAACCCAAUUUCUUUUUCCCAGUUUCUACUAUCAGCACUAGUGAAUUCAUAAUCACAGUAGUUAUUCAUGACCCCAAGAUGCCUCAUACAGCCCUUAGCUCAUGGUACCAAGGUAUUUUGUGGUAUGUUUGUACUCAUAUCUAUUUUAGUAUGGUAAGUGAACUUGUUCUAUUUCUUUCCCUGUAGUAUAUAUACCAAAAUAAUAUUUCUUUAAAUUGUUGUGACAUAGAAAUGAAUCUAGAUAUCUGAGCAUAUUUGAAUCAUAUCUUUGAACAAACUUGUCAAGGCAAUUGAGGUUUCGAUGAUGAAUUUUACUUGGAGGAGAAGGAUUCUGAUGUUGGGGGAAUAAAAUGUAUGUCAUGUUUAAAUCAGAAAGAA